AAAUCUCUUCCUUCUUCCCCUCUCCUGCUCUCACUCUCUUUGGGGAAGAAGAAAAGGGGGGAAGAGAGGGGGGAGGGGGCCUGUCUCAAUUGCUGAGAGAAGUUCAGCCUGCGCACGGUAGCAUACCAUGGCUACAAGGGCUAACAUGAAUGGUGAGCACACCGCACACCCACCCGGUCCCGGCUCAUCCCAAAACAACCAGAACCACCAUCCCCACCCCUCUUCCGGCCACCACCACCACCCCCAGCAGCGGCGCUACCUCCAAGACGACUACUACUACCCCAGAUCCUCGUCGGCCGCCUCCUUCAAGGGCUGCUGUUGCUGCCUCUUCCUGCUCAUGACCUUCCUCGCCCUCCUCGUCCUCGCCGUGGUCCUCAUAAUCGUCCUCGCCUUGAAACCCAAGAAGCCCCAGUUCGAUCUCCAGCAGGUCGCCGUCCAGUACGUGGGCAUAACGACCGGCCCGUCGCCUACGACGACGGGGGCGUCGCUGACACUCAGCAUAAGGAUGUUGUUCACGGCGGUGAACCCGAACAAGGUGGGCAUCAAGUACAGUGAGUCGCGGUUCUACGUGAUGUACAAAGGGGUGCCGCUCGGUGUGGCGACGGUGCCGGGGUUUUAUCAGCCGGCGCACAGUGUCAGGCAGGUGGAGACCACCGUGGGUGUCGACAGAGUCAACUUGCUUCCGGCGAACGCCGCUGAUUUGGUGAAAGAUGCCUCUCUUAAUGACCGGGUUGAGCUCAGGAUUACUGGUGAUGUUGGGGCGAAGAUCCGGAUUUUGGAUAUCACUUCGCCCAGGGUUCAGGUUGCAGUGGAUUGUGCAAUAGUGAUCAGUCCAAGGAAGCAGUCACUGACAUACAAGCAAUGUGGAGUGGAUAGCUUGAGCGUCUGAGAUGAGGAAGCUCCCCUUCUCCUCGUAUACCCAUCUCUGUUUUUCUGGGAAACCCAAAUUUUUACAGCUUCAGCUCCACUCUCCAAAGCAAGGAAUUUGGUUUGUUUUGAAGAGGGAAGAAAAUGGAGCAAAAGAAAUGGGAUUACCCUUCUCCCACUGUAUGAAAGAAAUUUUGGGGAUUUUGGGUCUUAUUUACUUUACAUUGAAAUGUGAAUUGUUAUUUAUUUAGAUUGAAAAUGGAAGGAAACUCAGAGUUAGCAUUCAGCAAAGAAACUUUUUUACUCUUUCUGUCUUGAUUAUAAUGCUUUUUUUUUUCGGAUCCACGUUGAUUCAAGAGUGCUUUCGGUGGAAGGAAAAGGAAUUUUGAAAUGGGAAGAGAGGAAAGUGAGGUCAGUAUAGCUCAGGACAAGCUGCACGUUCAGGCCAGCGUGAGACAAGGGAAGAAAUGUCGUGUUGUGUAAGAAAACCCAUUUAAGUUUGUUAUUGUUGACGAACUUGCACUCUUCAGAGGCUUUCAGACAAAAUUUUAAUAAUACUUUGAGAGCAGA